AUGGCCAGAUUUUGCGCAGUAUUUGGUGUACUGUUUGCUCUUGUUGCAGUCAACGGCAACCAGAACUUGCAUCCAUUAUCCGACGAAUUUAUUGAUUUAAUCAAUUCCAAACAAAACUUUUGGAGCGCCGGCAGGAACUUCCCGAAGAACACACCAAUUUCAUACCUUAAGAAUUUGCUUGGUGCUUUGGAAGACAAAAAUUUCCAUAAUUUAAGGAAAGUGGACCAUCUCGACGAUAUAGAAACUCGUAGUAAUCUUCCAGAGAGCUUUGACUCGAGGGAAAAAUGGCCCAACUGUCCUUCCUUGAAUGAAGUAAGAGAUCAAGGCUCAUGUGGCAGUUGUUGGGCGUUCGGUGCUGUGGAGGCGAUGACUGAUAGGUACUGUAUAUAUUCUGAUGGAAAACAACAUUUCCAUUUCUCUGCUCAGGAUCUUCUUACUUGUUGUGAUAUUUGCGGUAGUGGCUGUAACGGGGGUUACCCUUCAGCAGCUUGGUACUAUUGGGAGAGUAAUGGUAUUGUAUCUGGAGGGAAUUAUAAUUCGAGUGAAGGAUGCAAACCCUACGAGAUACCGGCCUGUGAGCAUCAUGCAGUUGGACCACUGCCGCCGUGUGGUAACAUUCUUCCCACUCCUUCUUGUAAUAAAACAUGCAAUACUGGUUACAAUACAGAUUAUGAAAAAGAUAAGCGUCGUGGUAAGACAGUAUACAGUGUAGAUUCUAAUGAGGAGAGUAUAAAAACCGAAUUGUUAAAAAAUGGGCCUUUAGAAGUGUCCUUUGUCGUAUAUACAGAUUUCUUUAAUUACAAAGAAGGAGUUUAUGUACAUACAGAUGCACCGUUCGCUGGCCGCCAUGCUGUCAAGAUGUUGGGCUGGGGAGUUGAAAACGGCGUUAAGUACUGGCUCGUCGCAAAUUCGUGGAAUCCUAAUUGGGGAACAAGGGAUUCUUUAAAAUACUGCGUGGAGAAAAUCACUGCGAAAUAG